ACAAAACAUGGCAGGUGUCUGGACAAGUUAUCGUUAAGAUUUUGUACAGGUUCUUUUUUUAAUAGAUUUCAAUUAAUGUUGUAAUUGAAGACCUAUGACACAUUGAAGUGACAGAAUGACAGCUGGAUCAAUCCCAGUACCUUCUAUUAUUCCUAUUAGGACACCUUUACCUGGGCGGUCCAAACUCUCCAUCGACAGUAACACCAAAAUUGAACUUUCAAUAGAUGGUAAGCAAGAUGUUACAAUAUAUUACACAAUAAAUGGAACAAAACCAGAUCCAUUUCCCAAGGUUGGAGUGGAGAGAUGUACAAUGCAGUACAUUGGUCCGUUUACACUGCCGGCUGGGAAGCAGACUGUCAAGGCAGUAGCAGUUUCUAAAGAUGGGAUGAGGGAGAGUAAUAUGGUGACCAAAGUGUUUGACGUGGAGUUUGCCCCCGCUCCACAUUCGGCACCAGUGGACGAUGACCUUGGGUUUCAGGAUGAAAUCAAUCAAGAACAAACCAGGUUGAAUACAAAGAGAGCAGCAAAAAAUUUAAUGUUAUCUGAAGGCACUGCCUGGACAGAUGUAUCAGCAAUGAAAUCAGCAACUCAGAAACUAGCAGAUAUGACUGUGUCUGGGACUUCACACAGGCGGCCAUAUGCUGAUGCCAGAUUCUCCAGUGCAAGGAGGAAUAGAGAGGCUACUUUUCGUAACGAGUCCCCUCAGAGGCCACAUUCAGCCAAACGCCUACCCGAGAGCACGGCAGCCAUGAGACUGGAACAAGAGUUAGACCAGAUGAGAACAUCUUAUUACACUGGAGAUUUUGAUUUACUUGGAAAGUACACAAAUGGAGUGGAUACCACAUCACCAUCCUCCCCACCUAAGGUGUCAAUCCCAACAAGUGAUAUCAGAAAGAUGGGCAUGUGUCAGUACUGCAGGUCGGUGGUGCCUUUCUCUGUCCCCACCUGUGUGGUGUGUGAGGGACCUAUACCAGGACAGCACAAACCACCCCCUCAGACCCAGUGGUUACCUGUCAGUUACCCCAUUGUACCUCCGUCCACCACUGCCGCCCCAAGACGCCCCACCGCUAAUGCCUCCACCCAGACCGUGGGUCUGUUCUACCCCUCAGACAGGGAGCUGUCAAAGAAACAGGAGCAGGAAGAGGAGAAAAAGACAUUUGAGAAACAGCUGAGAGACAGACGACCACUGCUUACUGCAGUUAGUCCAGGCAAAGGUUACUGGAGAAAACAGGUAGAUCAUAUCUGUGCACACUUAAAAGCACAUGCCCAGAAUGAGGCUGAGUUCCGAGCUCUCAUCGGGGAACCUAAAAUGGGGAAGCUAUUGACAAGCACAGUACAAGAAGAUGGUUAUGAGUUAAGUGUCACACUUACCUUUGCCUUACGCAAUAACAAGGAUCCCCUGGCAGGACGCAAGAUAGCGAUGAGUGGAGAUUAUCUCAGUCAGCACACAGAGCAGGAUAGCUGGCACAACAGUGACUCAGAAGAGAGUAUCGAGAAUGUAUCAAGGAAAAAAACAAAGAAAACAAAACCAAAAAAGAAAGAAGGACCAAAAAUUGCAGCAAUUGACCAAAAAUUAUUGAGAGAACUGGGACCAAACGGCGAGGGGGAUCCAUCAGAGGUUCAGCAGCUGAUAGAUGAGGGAGCCAAUCCUGAGUGUACUAAUAAAGAUGGACUUUCCUGUCUGUACGUGGCUGUGAGGAGGAAGCGGGCUGCUUGUAUCCCCGUCCUAGUGGAGGCCGGGGCCGACGUCAACAUGAAAGGACCCUCCUCUAUUAAGGGCAACACACCUCUACACGAGGCCGUUGGACUGGGACCUUCAGGGUCGGAGGUCAUUUCAGUCCUGCUAGAGAAUGGUGCAGACCAAACCAAGAAAAACGACCGCGGGGAGACACCAUAUGAUUUAGCUGUUAAGGGAGGAUAUGACAGCAUAGUGACCAAGUUUGCGUCUGCCAUGGGUAACUCACAACUGAAAAAAAUGGUCAAACCAAAGACCAGAAUCCCAGCUUCUUAAUGGCUUCUGUUGAUGAUAGGAAGACAUCUUGUUCAGCAUAUUUUGUGAAAUUUGUAGGUGUUAUUGAAAAAAAUGGUUUAUAAAUUAUAAUUGAUAUUGGAUGUUAACUAGGAGGGAGAAAAUGUUGUGGUCUUUGUCCAUUUACUCCCAAGUUGAAUUUGAAGGACAAUGGCAGUACAUAGGCUGAGUUAUUAAAAUCAUCUUUAUUUAUUACAUGUACUUUGAAAUUGCGAUACCAGUAUAUCAUAUUAAUUCUUAUUUCUUAAAUUCUGCAAUUGCAAGUUGACAAUUUAGUUUAAAAAUAACAUUGUCAAAUUAAAAUUAUUGUCUGCUUGUCAUAUUUAAUUAAAUAUCUUGGAAAUAAGGUAUCAUUUCCUUUGUUUUGACUUGUAGAUUACCUCCCUUCUCAUUGCUCUGUGAUAUCUAAAUGUAGUUGACCGACUGUUUCUUUGUAGUAUCUAUACAUCUGUAUUGAUAUGAUUAAUCAUUUUUUUCCUUACAGAUAUCAUUAUUCAUUGAAUGUUUCUGUCAAGUUCUUUUGUCUGUAUAUCAGAGGGUCAGCAUGCUGUAGAGUAGUAGGCUAUAUGUAUGUAUCUUAGAACAGAUUGUGGGAAGAAAUAAAGACGCAAGUUGUAUCAUAGUUUAA